GCGGAGUCCGCGCCUCCACCGGCGGCGACAUUCAGAGAGGAGAUGGCGGCCAGAGGGGGGUUUCAGUCGGCACCGACGGGUGGUGGUGGCGGAGCAAUGGGACCCGGACCUCCGGUACCGGGUGCAGGACCAGGCAUGGGGCCCGGGACUCCCUCUGGAAGAAUGGGACCGUCGUCGGGAGCGCAGAACCACAUGUACCGCUCCCCGAUGCCCGGGCCUGGGUACCCGAGACCAGGCAUGCCUCCGUCCAGCCGUAUGACUCCCCAGGGACCAGCUAUGGGCCCCCCAGGAUACGGCAGCAGCCCCGUGUCUCGCCCUGGGAUGCCUGGUGUCAUGGACCCAUCUCGUAAGAGGCCAGCCCCCCAACAGAUUCAGCAGGUUCAGCAGCAGCAGAACCGCAACCAGCACACAAAGAAGAAGAAGAUGGCUGAUAAAAUUCUACCUCAGAGGAUCAGGGAACUGGUCCCAGAGUCUCAGGCUUAUAUGGAUCUAUUGGCUUUUGAAAGGAAACUAGACCAGACCAUAAUGCGCAAGAGGCUGGAUAUUCAGGAGGCCCUCAAGAGGCCCAUUAAGCAAAAGAGAAAGCUUCGGAUCUUUAUAUCCAACACCUUCAACCCUGCAAAGCCAGAUGCAGAGGAUGGAGAAGGCACAGUGGCAUCAUGGGAGCUCCGUGUGGAAGGGCGUCUGCUGGAAGAUACAGCCGUAUCCAAGUAUGAAGCCACCAAACAGAAGAGGAAGUUCUCCUCAUUCUUCAAGUCCCUGGUGAUUGAGCUGGACAAAGAUCUGUACGGUCCAGAUAAUCACCUUGUUGAAUGGCAUAGGACUGCCACCACCCAGGAGACUGACGGUUUCCAGGUGAAGAGGCCAGGUGACGUGGGUGUUCGCUGCACUGUUCUCCUCAUGCUUGACUACCAGCCCCCACAGUUCAAGCUGGACCCCCGACUGGCUCGUAUGUUGGGUAUCCACACCCAAACCAGACCUGUCAUCAUCCAGGCCCUUUGGCAGUACGUCAAGACCCACAAACUCCAAGACCCACAUGAGCGCGAGUUCAUCAACUGUGACAAAUACCUGCAGCAGAUCUUUGAGACUCAGCGAAUGAAAUUUUCUGAGAUCCCACAGCGCCUGCAUGCACUCCUUAUGCCCCCAGAGCCCAUCAUCAUAAACCAUGUGAUCAGUGUGGACCCCAAUGACCAAAAGAAGACUGCUUGCUAUGACAUUGAUGUGGAGGUGGACGACACACUGAAGACCCAGAUGAACUCCUUUUUGCUCUCUACAGCCAGUCAGCAGGAAAUAGCCGGGCUAGAUAACAAGAUCCAUGAAACCAUUGAGACCAUUAAUCAGCUGAAGACCCAGAGAGAGUUCAUGUUGAGUUUUGCCAGAGAUCCUCAGGGCUUUAUCAACGACUGGCUGCAGUCCCAGUGCAGAGACCUCAAGACCAUGACAGAUGUGGUCGGAAACCCAGAAGAGGAGCGAAGAGCUGAAUUUUACUACCAACCAUGGGCUCAGGAGGCUGUUUGUCGCUACUUCUACUCGAAGGUCCAGCAGAGGCGACAGGAGCUGGAGCAGGCGCUGGGCAUCAGGAACACCUAAAGGAAUUGGUCCACAUGCAGCAGGAAAUGAGAUGUGUUGUGCUGUUGGAGACGACUAAUGUGUGCGCGUGGGAUGUUCAGACUGAGUUUCUCCCAGAGUUUCAUGAAAAACCUAGAGAGACAUAGAUACUAGAUGGCUUCACGGUUACAUAGGUUGUCAGUUUUUACUUUUUCACCCUGGAGCUUGACCACGAUCGCAGUUUGAUUUCUACUUCAACUUUUUUUGUAAAGUUUCCUCAGCCUCGCCCCACACCACAGCUCCUCGGGCACAAUUUUCUUUUUUAUUUUCUCUUGCAUGUCUACAGCUUACCUGGAAACAUUCCUCUCAUUUUGAUCCAUUGUGUCCACACAACAGUACGGAUUGUACACAAAUGAAAAGCAGAGGGCAGGUUGUACCUGGCAGCUCUUAAUGUAUUAUGUCCCUGGAACAAAAAAAUUAUCUUAAAUCAGCCGGAAUGUGUCGCGACUGCUGUGGCUUUGUUGCCUUUUUGGAAAGUAAAUUUACAUUUUACACUCCUAACCCUUCCCCCCAGAUGCUUGCCCAUUUAGAUAAAUAUUGAUUGUGAUUGUGUUUGUAAUCAAUCGGGCUUCUUUGCUGCACAUUGGCUGUUCAUGUGCCACUUUGUAUUAAGUUGUCAUAGGUUUGUUUUGACAGUUUGUGUCUCAGUCUGUUGUACGAGCUCAAUCAAUCACGGCAGAAUAUACAUUGUUGUGGCAAAGCGGUUAUCUUUUGUUAAGGGUGCCAUUUAGUAUGAAGUUGUUUCUUUUUUAAAUUUCUUUUUGUUACUAUCAAUGAUCCUUGUUUUAAAAUAUGUAUUAUAUCAGUACUUGUCUUGUUAGCUAGUACAGAUUAUCAUGGAAGUAGCUAGUAUGAGUACCUCUAGUCUAUAUAGUUUUGUAAAUACUGAGCAGAAAAAAAAAUUGAAGAUGGAUGUGAAGUAAACCUGUAUCACUUAACUUGGCUGAUCUUUUUCUUAAGUCUUUGUCUACGCUCAGAUAGUUGAACCAGUAUUUAUAUUAUUGAUCGGCCCGCGCUCUCAGUGCCCAGUGAUUUAGCUCUCCACAACAUAAAGAAGGUCGUCUCUCGUGACGAACCACUGCUCUGCAGAGCUACGUACAGAUUUAUGUCAUCUUCAAGGUGAGAACAGUUACAGCUCCUGCGUUUUUAGACUAUUGUAUUUUAAUCGAGACCAGAGGAGCCAUAAACACGUGUGGCAGAGCAGGUUUGAGGAUGUGAUGUCUUUGGGUUUGAUGGUUGUUUCCCUUUUUGAGGUUAAGAUGAGUGUCCUGGCUGAAACGUUAGCGUGUGCAUUUUAUUAACAAAAUCCAAGAAUACACUAAUGAGGGUUUGGGCAGGUACAUGAUUUGAGACGAGAGGUGGGGACCUCUGGGGCGUAAAACAACACUGGGGGGACUGUAGAAUUAUGUGAAUCUGCAGACUUUUUCAUGGACCAAACCUAUUUUUCUGUAUGUUCUUAUGUUAUAAUAAAGGAUAUGUAAAAUGCAA